AUGACGAUUUGCAAUUUUUAUCUACUAUCCCUAUUAUUAUUAUUAUUACUACUACUAAAUGAUUGCGAGUCGUCAUCGCGACUAGUGGUGCCCGAAUCGGCGCCAAUCGGACACGUGAUCGGCUACGUUGCCGGAAAACCCGAACAAUCGCAAAUUCCGAGAUAUUUUGUCGUGUUUCCCGACGAGCAGACAUCAAAGUUCAUCAAAGUCGACGAGCGAAGCGGCGAAAUCACGACAAUUGCGCAUCUCGACUAUGAGAAGCGCGCGAAAUUUGAGAUUGUGGCGGUGAAAGUUGACAAUGAUGGCGAAACUAUUGAUGUGAGCAUCGAAGUUGAAGAUGAGAAUGAUAAUUCGCCGAGUUUUGCUCACGAGAAUAUCAAGCUCAACAUCUCCGAGUUUGCGCAACUCGGCUCCGCGUUUCCGCUUCCCGUUGUCACCGAUGGCGACGGUCCGAACUACGAUGUCCAUCGAUUUGCGAUUCUCCACGGCAAUGUCAACAAUGUGUUCAAAGUGGUGUCGCGACGCGUCAAUGAUCAACUACAAGCGGACCUCGUCGUCAACGGGCAACUCGACCGCGAGUUUCGCGACAAAUAUGAGUUGGUGGUUGAAGCCGAAGACGGCGGACGACCGCCGCGCGUCGGCCAGUGUCGAGUGCAAAUCGAGAUUCUCGACGCCAACGACAACGCGCCGAUUUUCGAGAAGUCGCGCUAUUCGACGACGAUCGCGGCGAACACGUCGAUCGGCACGACGAUCGUUGUGGUUCGCGCGAGCGACGCCGACAUUGGCGACAACUCGCGCAUUCGAUACGAGAUUCGAAAGACGGCGUCUCCAUCGAACGGCUUCUUCGAGAUAUCGCCGGAGACGGGUGUCGUUCGAAGCGUCGGCCACCUAUUGCCGGCCAGUAUGCACGACGUGAUUGUUGUCGCCACCGAUCACGGAACACCGGCGUUGAGCUCGUCGGCGAUUGUCAGCGUCAGUGUGCUCGGCGCCACGCUGUCGGCGCCGCCGAUCGACGUCAUCUGGUUGGUCGAGUCGAGUUUGAUGGAGAACGCGACGAUCGGUAGUAUUGUGGCGCGCGCGAGCAUCGCCGACGAGUACCGCGACACGCGUUUGAAGCUCAUCGGAUGUCCGGUGAUAUGUCCGCAGCAGACCGACAAAUCGCAUGUCUACCUAUUGCUUCUUUGCGGGAUUCUCGAUCGCGAGACGACCGACGAAUAUCAUAUGAAAUUUGUGUUGGAGAAGGAUGGGCACGUUAUUAUCGAGCAUCCGAUGCUACUCACCAUCGGCGACGUGAAUGACAAUGCUCCUCAAUGGCACAAUCGUCAAAUCCACAUAUCGCUGAAUCGGACGCAAGGCGGCGCUCGAACGCUGACGGCCAAAGAUCCGGACCUCGGCCAGAAUGGAUGGGUACGCUAUUCGGUGUUGGACACGGAUCUCGUUGCGAUCGACAAAGAGACUGGAAGAGUCUACGUCCCGAAAGCGAUCGAUUGCGAUGUGGGUCCUGAGAUCAAAUUUCGGAUACGCGCGGAAGACGGCGGCAAUCCGCCGUUGUUUAGCGAUCUUCAGGUUUUUGCGGAUCUCGUCGAUGCUGAAAGCCAACCGCCGCAAUUUGUGAAGCCGCUUUGGCGUGUCGAGAUUCCCGAGGACACUCCAAUCGGCACUUGUAUUGUCAAGGUGCGUUUAUUUUGA